AUGGCGCCAAAAUCAUCCAUCGAGGAGUUCCAAACUCUCCUCGCUGGCAUCAUGAGCAAACCCAAAGAUGGCAGGGGUAGCCAGGGGCGAAUGUUAGCGAUCCUUGGCGCAGGCCUCGCGGCACCGUCGGGCCUACCCACGAUGCGGGGACCCGGCGGAUUGUGGCAGCGGAAGACGGCGGCAGUUUCGGAACCCACCAACAGAACCGAUUUGGAGAUGGUAUGGCUAUACUACGCGUGGCGGCAUCAUCUCGCUGCAGGUGCUCUACCCAACGCCGCACACGAGGCUCUUGCACGACUGGCAAGGCACUGCCAUCCUCAAACCUCGUCAUCAGGAGCAGCCGCCGCCCCACCCACAAAGGAAGGGGAACAGCCGGCAUCUCUGCUCGAAUUCGAGCUCAUGUGCCUUAACCUAAGCCUGGAUGAUCUGCUCUUACGCGCUGGGUACCCACCCGAGUCCCUACGCGCUGCCUUUGGCUCCAACAUGGCCCUCGUCUGCACCGACACAUCCGCAUGCUCGGCCGUCCGGCGGACCAGCACUACAGACAGGCCCUGCCCCUCGCUCGUUUCCGCGGACGACGAACCCCCACGCUGGCUCACGGACCCGACGCUCCCCGUACCGGACGUGGAAGCCUCUAGGUUUCCGCACUGCGCCGCCUGCGGGAAGCACCUAGUGCGGCCGUCAGUCCAGCCCAACCGCCAGGCUCUCGCCGACGUGGACGAGUUCGUGGCCAGGAAGCCCUCUGUCGACGUGGCGCUGGUCGUCGGGACGGCGGCAGUCCUACCCCCGGCUCCGAGAUACCUGCAUGAGACCAUGAGGCGAGGGGCGGUGGUCGUGGUGGUCAACCCGGACCCGGGUGUCGCCGAGGGGCUGCGGGAUGAGGAUUUCUUCUUUCAGGGGGAUGCGGCCGAGAUUCUUCCUCGUCUAUUCGACAAGGUUGUUUCUUAA